UUGAAAAUGAUUGUUAUAGAUGACUUAUACAGAUAAUUUAGUUAACGCGUUUCUAACGUGUACAGCGAAAGAAUCAUUUUCACUGAUAACUGAUCGUGUUAUAUAAGGAACAGCUCUAUUAAAAAAAUAACAACAAUGCGGCUGCGUCUUUCAAAUAAGUGCCGAUAGUCGUAAUUACAAACCAAUAAAAUGGACCAAAGACAACUCAACAACGGCGACGACGAGUUAGAUGGCACCGAAAUUGAGUUAAUAUACGGCAUGCGUGGGGAAUUCCAACGUAUACUUGAUAUUGAAGGUCUGGCAACGGAAGACGACCCUUUUGGAGAAUUCCAACGUAUACUUGAUAUUCAAGGUCUGGCAACGGAAGACAACCCUUUUGGAGGUCAGACAACGGAAGACGACCCGUUUGGGGAAUUCCAACGUAUACUUGAUAUUCAAGGUCUGGCAACGGAAGACGACCCUUUUGGAGAAUUCCAACGUAUACUUGAUAUUCAAGGUCUGGCAACGGAAGACGACCCUUUUGGAGAACUCAAACGUAUACUUGAUAUUAAAGGUCUGGCAACGGAAGACGACACUUUUGGAGAUGCAGAUGGAAAUGCUCCUCAUUUAAGAAAGGCCAUAAUGAAGUUCGAAGCUGAUCUAAAUAAGCCGGCCCCACAUGAUCCAGAUAUAACAGCUGCUCGAGUAUCAAGAGCCUAUAAGUCGUACGAUGGUACAAUCAGAAGUUUGUCGUCAAUGACUGAAGAAUUAGAAGCCGAACGCACUUCACUCUUGGAAAAGUGUAAUGAAAAAAAAGCAAGAGACGACCCACCUGUAGAGGAAAUACUGUACCCCAGAAUCAACUACAUAGAAGAAAAGCUUAGAUGUGCAUAUGUCGUACUUGAAAUAUUGGGCAAAGUAUUCAAUAUACUUUUUUUAUGGAGAAGGAAUCUUAAAAUACAAAAAUUGAGAUCGGAAUUACACGACAGACUAGAAUUACUACGGCAGCUUAAAACCAUUAUCUGUCUACUAUACGCAUUGCUGAACAAAAUCGGUGGACAAGAUCAUGGCUCACAAUGUGAUAUGGGUACAAUACAGAUACUCCUUAUUCGAUCUGGAGUUGAAGCAAACCCUGGUCCGCCAAGACAUUGGAAAGAUCUUCUCACAACUGAACAAAAUUUGGGGAUCCUAUCAAGCCACAUUGGCAAAUGCUGGCAGUAUUACUCCGACCGUCUGGGACUGAUAGAAGAGGACAGAGAUGUUAUUGUCGCCAAGUACCCCGAAAGUACACAGCUGCAGAUCUACCACAUGUUGAAGCAAGCGGCCCGUCUUCCACACAAUCAGAAUAUGGGAACAAUGCUGACACUAUUGGAAAAGUGCGCUGAAGAAUUCGUCGAUAUGCGAGUCGACUGGGACAUGAUUGAAUAUUAUUUUGCUGACGCGGUGGGAAUUGCAGAAGAACCUUCAAAUGAACGAGACGGAAAAGGUGGUCCUUCAAGUCGCGGUCUCAAAAGAAAGCUGAACAUUCAGUCCGGGGAAAUGUCUGUCAAAAUACAGCGAGUUUAGGCGUAUAAAAUGACAAGUGAGUGACACAAAAUGGCGAUGGAUGUGCAUUUUCAAAAUUCUACAAGAGAAGUGUAAAUAUAUACUGUUGAAUUUCAAUCAAAAUCUUGUACAUAUUUCAUCCGAAUUGUUAUUGGAUUUGUUUUAAUGUGGUUCACAUAAAUGUAUUUAAAUACACUACUUUGUUGACCUGUAGUAUUCUGAAUUACUGCAUUUAAACAAUAUGUUUUACUUUUCAUUGUAAAGCAUUGUUUGUGAGUGACACAAAUUGUCCAAAAUAGCGAUAGAUGUACAUUUGCGAAAUUCUAUAAUCAUCUAUGUAUUUAUAUACAUAAUGCUUGUAAAUAAACUACUUAAUUGUACUAGGGUUUUCUGAUUUACAGCAUUGAAACAUUAUGUUUUACUUUUCAUGUAAAGUAUUGUUCAUAUCAGCUUAUAAAUGUAAUGUUCCCGGAAUCAUUAAGUCCUAAGCAAGGAAAAUAAGACUCUUCUGUUUGAGUGAAAAUUAAUAAACAUUUGACUAUUUACGGCUUUCGCCGUUACCGCUAUUACUUCUUUAGGACGAUGUUGUGUAUUUUAUAUUAAAGUUAUGGUUUUAGUAUUAGAUGUCUAAACUUAGCUGUUAAACAAUAAAAUAAUGCGAAAUAA